AUGGAUACAUCCAAAUAUAAAGGUGAAAUUUUAAGACAACUAAGUGAUCAAAAGGAGAUUCUCAAUAAGGCUGUUGAUGAUGAGAUUAUCAAUGAGAAAAUGUUUAAUUAUUUAUUUAAACAGAAUCCAAAAACCCCUAAUUUCUAUGUAUUACCUAAAAUACACAAGGAUCUUUGUGAUCCGCCUGGCAGGCCCAUAGUGGCAUCUAUUGACUCCCUAUUCAGCCGGAUUUCUAAAUUCUUGGAAAAAGUUCUCACUCCACUUGUAAGACAGGGUCGGUCUUUUCUAAAAGACACUGGUGACUUUUUGAUUAAGAUCAAGAAUUUUUCUGACUUACCAGAGGACAUCAUUUUGGCUACUUGGGAUGUAAGCAGUCUGUACACGAUUAUUCCCCAUGUUGACGGUUUAAAUAGUGCCUGGUCCUCUCUGGUGGAAAAGGUAAUGCCCAGCAACACCUUUUACUUCACAAUCCUACGGAACCCAAUUGAUGUCAUGGAAUCUUCUUUCUCUUAUUUCAGAACAAGAAACGCAUUCGGCAAAGCUAAGAACCUGGAGGACUUUCUCAAAAACAGCUCUGUAUUCUACCAUCCUAAUGCAAAUAUUAGUUUUUUUGCCAAAAACUUUAUGACCUUUGACCUGGGGUUUGAUCAUAAUGGGAUAGAGAACAGUAAGCACUUUCUUUUAACCUGCCGAAUGGUAGAAGCCACAUUUAAUUUGGUGUUGAUUACUGAAUAUGUUGAUGAAUCAUUGAUUCUACUAAAGGAUGCUCUGUGUUGGUCUUUGGAUGAUGUGGUGGCAUUUCCACUCAAUAUCAGAAGCAAUAGCAGUAAAGUGUCCUUGAGUUUGGAAACACAGCAGAAAAUAAAAAAAUGGAACCAGUUGGACUGGCAACUUUACAACUACUUCAAUAAGACCUUCUGGAAUAAAGUAGAGACAUUUGGAAGAGAGCGUAUGCAACGUGAGGUAGAGGAGCUUAAGAGGAAGAGGGCUUUGUUAGUUGAGACCUGUCUACUGGGUGAGGGCAUUGUGGACCCAGACAACCUGCAUGACAAGUCAAUGAUGCCAUACCAGCCUGGGUUAGCAAAGAUCCUUGGUUACAACUUGAAACAAACACUGAGGAAAGCUGAACAACUUAUGUGCAAAAGAAUGGUUACCCCAGAGAUUCAAUAUACAGGACAAUUACACACCAAACAGGAAAUUAAAAAAUCAGCACCCAAAGCCAUACCGAGUUAUAAUAAAACCAGAAUGAAACCCAUUCUUCAUAAAAAGAUAAAGUGAAAUGCUAACUAAACUGCUCUUUAGGAAUCAGGAAUAGAAAAGCUUUGAACAUUUAAAACGGUGCAACGUGAUAAAUGGAAUAAACCAGAGGUGGACCUAUUGCCGGUGCAGCAGGUUAAAGGAGCUAAAGGUGGAGGCUUGGAGCUGAAAAUAAAAUUAUUGUUUGCUAGGGUUUUUUUUUAUUUUGUAGUGAAUUAAGCCAUGCCAUACCAUGUAUAAAACAUAAAGGAACUAAAUAAACAACAUUUGAGCAGGA